UAUUUCCUGACCACAAACCAUAUAACCGCAAUCAGUAGAAAAGCAAGUAUAGAAUAUAAUACCAUCGGCGACAUUAGAGAACUCGUAACGGCAGGAACAGUCACUGGUGCUAGAGGUAUUUCUCGGAAUAAUGGUACUGCUUCU